CCUUUGCGCCGCUCUACAGCUCACACAGGAACAAGAAGGUCGCACAGAAGACAACAACGUUGUACAGAAGAAAGCAGACUGUAAUCAUGCUGGGACAAGCUGUGAGGCGAUUCACCACGUCCGCUGUUCGUUCUUCACACUAUUCUGAAGGACCAGGGAAGAACCUGCCAUUUUCCGUGGAGAACAAGUGGCGUCUCCUCGGCAUGAUGGUGCUGUUCUUCGGCAGUGGCUUUGCAUUCCCCUUCAUCGUCGUCAGACAUCAGAUCCUGAAGAAGUAAAAUGGACCAGUGCUAUUACUCAGCCUUGAAGGUCGUCAGCUGGAACAUAUUUAUCCAUCAGAGUGCUAUCCAUGCAGAACAAUGGGAAUCUUUUAAUUUUCUUUGUAAAUAAAAUUUACUGAAACAUAACAAA